UUAGACGUAAUCCAACCUUCACCGAGGUUGGUUUAGUUUAGCGAAAUUUAAAAAAAAUUCACUGCACGAUAAUUUUUUCAAAAUUUUUUCUGUGAGGAAUAUUUACCUUGGAGAAUUGAAUCAGACUUGGGCAUGGUCAUGUUCAUUAAACGAGGCGUACUCGAUCUGCAAAGAGUAUCGACAUUCUUAUUCCAACCCGUUCUACCAAUCGUGUUUGUACUUUUGGUCUCGAGCAGUUUGGCGAGUCCGAUUCACUCCAUUGAAGGAAAACAAGCAGAUUCAAAUCUGGACGUUGAGAAGCUGACAUUCGUCCAACAAUCAGCUCCAACAAAUUAUUUGAAACACGAGAUGUCUCUGAUUCCGCAAAACCUGGCCCACUCCUCGAUCCCAGCAGCAAAGCGGAAAAGCCGCCAAUAUAAUAACAUGCCGUUUAUCAUUUAUGGCGGAUGUUCUCCAUACCGCAGUAAUGUGGGGCAACGAGGAAUUCCUGGUUUUAAUACAAACCCAAUUGACCUAAAUAACCCUAUUAUAAGUAUAAAUCCAUUGAUGAACUGGGGGAAAUAAGAUGCAAUAAAUUGGCAACACUGCCACACGCCGAACAACUGUUGUCAGCUGAAUAAUUUGCAGGGAUAUGGUUUCUAACGUGAACUUCUACAUUUUUUAAAACUCGGCGCAAAAUUGUCAUUGUUUCGAAUAUUUUGUGCAUGCUAAUAACUGCUACGAGGAAAAAAUCGUUAAAAAGUCAAUCAAUUUCUUUCCGAUUCGAUAUAAAUAUCGAAAAUGCUCAUUUAAGAAAAAUCAAUAUACAUAAAUUUAUGCAUAUUUAUGUACCUAUGUUAAUUUUUACUUUAUAUCAUCAGUGUUGCCACUCAUCCGUGAAAAUUAUUUAAUAAAAUGUCUAUCAUUUCAAAUGAAA